CCAAUUUACAAUUAAGUAUUUUUUUUUGUUUAUGAAACUAGGACAUAGAUUGCUUACAACAUGAACCCAAUUGCACAAACAAGUUGAUGAUAUACCUACAAUUUGCAUACACAAGUAGGCCCAAGUCCCAAGAAAGACCAAAUGGGUCCUUUCUUAAAAGCAAUAAGCCAAUAAUUCCACAACGCAGUUGAGCAAAGAACCAAAGGCAACACACACAUUCUCUCUUACUCGGGUCACUUUCACAUCACCAAAACAAAGAAUCAAAAACAGAACAAAUCAAAUGAUAGAACAAAAAUGAAGGACCAAACAAGAACCACCCUUCAACCACACUCGACCCACAUGACCAAAACCCUCCUACCUCUGAUCAAACGCUCUCCUAUCCUCUUCCUAUUCUCUCUCUUCUCUCUCCUCACCACCAGCCAUGUCAAAGCUCACAUCUUCAUCUAUGCUCGCUGUUCACAAGAGAAGUACCAACCCAACUCGCAAUUCGAGGCCAACCUCAACUCCUUACUAACAUCUGCGACCAGUUCCUCCCAUCAGGCCACUUACAACGGCUUCACAAUCGGAAACGAUAGCUCGGUGGAAGCAUCCAUAUAUGGACUCUACCAAUGCAGAGGUGAUUUGAAGACAAGUGAUUGCUCGCUAUGCAUCGAAAGCGCGGUGGGCCAAGUGAGUUUGGUGUGUCCGGACGCUUAUGGGGCUAGUUUGCAACUAGAUGGGUGUGUGAUAAGAUACGAGCACAUAGACUUUUUGGGGAAGUUGGACACGAGUGUUAGGCACAAGAAGUGUAGCAAGAGUGUGAGCAACGACGUUGAGUUCUUCAAACGGAGAGACGAUGUUCUCGCUGAUUUGCAAGCCGCGGUAGGGUUUCGAGUGAGUAGUUCGGGUUUGGUGGAGGGUUUUGCGCAGUGUUUGGGUGAUUUGAGUGCUGCGGAUUGCUCUUCUUGCCUUGCGGAUGCUGUUGUCGAGUUGAAGAGCUUGUGUGGGUCUGCUGAGGCAGCUGAUGUGUUCUUGGAGCAGUGUUAUGCUAGGUACUGGGCUUCUGGUUACUAUGAUUCUUCAGAUUCUUUCGACGAUGAUCAAGCCGGAAAAACAGUAGCCAUGACUGUAGGCAUACUGGCUGGUGUCGCAGUGGUGAUCGUUCUUCUCUCAUUCUGCCGGAAAGCACUUGGUUAAGAAGUUGGGAUGGUGAUGAUUUAUUUUCUAAUGAAUAGGAGGAUGAUCGAUCAUUGUACAAGGACCCACACGUUUGUUCCAAUAUCAUCUUGUGGCAUAAAGUAACACCAAAAUCUCUAUUGUACAUACCCCUUCAAAGGGCUGUUGCACAUCAUCAUACCUAUCGCCUUACUUUUUCAUAUACAAAUUAUGAAUGGUGGCUUUGCUUCAGUAUCUACCUCAGUGUAAUAUUGUCAGCAAAUUUAACUAGAAAUAAAAAUAAAAAUAAAUAAUAAUAACCAUUCCCACCACACCAGGAAUCUGGUUCUUUCAUAGGUCAUAGGUUUGACAUUAUUUGUGCAAGGCCAGUGUACAAAUUAAUACGGUAAAAGUUAAAACAAGUGAUAUUCUUUUCGGAUGAGAUACACAUGCAAAAUUAAUGCAAAUUAGAAUAUAUUCUGAUCUGUACAUAACGGUAUAUUAAUCACUCUGCAAUGCGAUUGUGUUGUCAACGAUUUUU